GUGUUCAUUCAGACAUUCAGCAGCUUAGUUCUGCAACUUUCUAACUUGCAACUAUUUAAAAUAACAGCAUUUCCUUAUAGAUAAUUUUCAUGUAAUUUUUCAUAGACUUAUGUAAAACUUCUAUAAUUUUAUGUUCUGAAUUUAAAUCUAAAAUGAAUGGCUUCUGCCUUUCUCUGCUUAUAUUAUCCCUUGUUUCAUUUUUUUUUACUUUUUCUGCUGCUGGUCAUUUUUGGACAUCUGGAAGAAACAGCUAUUUUUGCCUCUGGACUAAUUCUAUUUCCAAUGGACAGACACAUUAUAUGUUCCUUCACCAGACUACAGUAGGCAAAGAGAGAUCUUUUGUCUUAUUUGACAGUAUCUGGAACAAGGAAAACAGCCUGAUAGAGUGCAUUACAAGCAACAACCAUGCUGUUAUUAAAAGCUUUUCAUCAAAGUGCUGGAAAGACAGAAGCAGGCUUUUCUCAGACAUUCCAGAUGGACGCUUUAACAUCAGUAGGUUGAUUGAACCUGAUGGCCCCUGUGUAGAUGUGGGACAUUUACCGGAACUGAGACUGCCGGUGCGCAGGAAAAGAGACAAUGAAUAUAAGGACAGCAAAACUAUUUACCAGAACAAUGGAGAAACUUUCCAAAAGCUGAAGCGUUCAAAGCGGGCAUGGAUGAUUCCAGGCACUCUGUGGUGUGGCUCUGGAAACAAAGCAUCUGAUUUUUCAGACUUAGGUUUAUUUGAGGAUACUGAUAAGUGCUGUAGGGAGCAUGACCAUUGUGAGCAAACCAUUGCGUCCUUUCAGUUUGGUUAUGGCGUUUUCAACAGUCACUUCUUCACUUUAUCACACUGUGACUGUGAUAGCAAAUUUCGCCGCUGCCUUCAUAAUGCCAAUGAUAGGAUGUCUGGCAUGGUAGGUUAUGGCUACUUCAAUGUCCUCAAGAUGCGUUGCUUUGAAUUUUCGCAGAGAUUGGAGUGUGCAGAAAGGACCUGGUGGGGCAUGUGUAAACACAGUCACAUGACUACCUAUGCUCUAUUGAGAGAUGCAACUGAUUACAAUUCCACAUUACCGGUAUUGGAAGAUGAUAAACUGGAUCUAAGCAUCCAUCACGCAGUGUCAUUUGGAGAGCUAACAGUUACUAAUGACUGGGUAAUGUCAUCUGACAUCGUCACUGAAGAUGCCAGUAAAAAGCAUUCAUCAAUGACAGUACCACAAUAUGUUACAGUUAAUAGAUCUCAGCAGCCUAAACUUCAUGAAAAAACACUAACGACACAUAUAACAGACUCAUCCAAAACAGAAAAAACAGAUUCAGAACACAGACAAACAACAGUCUCCUUAAAAUCAGUAAUAACAAACUCACCAGUGACAAAAACAACAGAUAGAACAAGAGACUCAACAAACUCAGAGACAACAGACUCAUCACAAACAGAAGCAACAGACUCAACAAACCCAGCAAUAACAGACUUAGCAAAAACAGAAGCAACAGACUCAACAAACCCAGUGAUAACAGACUUAACAAAAACAGAAGCAACAGACUCAACAAACCCAGCAAUAACAGACUUAGCAAAAACAGAAGCAACAGACUCAACAAACCCAGUGAUAACAGACUUAACAAAAACAGAAGCAACAGACUCAACAAACCCAGCAAUAACAGACUUAACAAAAACAGUAGCAACAGACUCAACAAACCCAGCAAUAACAGACUUAACAAAAACAGAAGCAACAGACUCAACAAACCCAGCGAUAACAGACUUAACAAAAACAGAAGCAACAGACUCAACAAACCCAGCGAUAACAGACUUAACAAAAACAGAAGCAACAGACUCAACAAACCCAGCAAUAACAGACUUAAGAAAAACAGUAGCAACAGACUCAACAAACACAGCGAUAACAGACUUAACAAAAACAGAAGCAACAGACUCAACAAACCCAGCAAUAAGAGACUUAACAAAAACAGAAGCAACAGACUCAACAAACCCAGUGAUAACAGACUCAACAAAAACAGAAGCAACAGACUCAACAAGCCCAGCAAUAACAGACUUAACAAAAACCAAAGCAACAGACUCAACAAACCCAGUGAUAACAGACUUAACAAAAACCAAAGCAACAGACUCAACAAACCCAGUGAUAACAGACUUAACAAAAACCAAAGCAACAGACUCAACAAACCCAGCAAUGACAGAGUCAACAAAGGCAGAAACAAACUCAACAAGCCCAGAAACAACAGACUUUGGUGAGACACAAAUAACAGAUUUGCCAAAAACAGAGGCAACAGACUCACUAAAGACCCAAACAAGAGAAAUACCAAAAACAGAAAUAACAGCUUCAACAAAACCACAAACAGCAGGUUCACCAAAGAUUCACCUACAUCCUGGGACGCACACAAGUCAAAAAGGUAAACUGGACACCUGUGAGAGUUAUAAAGACUUGGACUCCUGUCAUUAUCAGAUACCUGCAUUGCAGGAGAAAUUUGGCGUGCGCAAUACUGAACACAUCACCAUGUACCACUGCAACUGUACAGCCAGACUUGCCAGAGAGCUGGCUGGAGAGGAUGAAGCUGACAUGGUUCAUAUCUGGCUGCUGGACUUUGUGUCCCAAUCCUGUUUCAUUCUGCCUCAGAACUGCACUGGGAAUGAAAGUUGCUCCACCUCCUUUUCUAAUGACGCGCCAUUCAUCGAACGCUGGAACAAACGCGCGGCUGUUUGGCGACAUCUAGCGGCUCCGAAGCGCAUAGCAACGCGAUUCAACAACAAGCGGGCCAAGAGGAAAAACUCUCCAAUCAGACUGCACAAAAAGUGUCUAAGGAUGCACUCCAAGCUCCAUAGACCGAAAACGUUUAAAAGAAAAAAAGCGCAUGAACUGCACAGCAAAUGAAUGCAGAAUGCAGUCAUGCACAGCUUGCUUUAACUGGACAUUCUGCAAUAAUAAUGUGAAUAUUCAUGUUCAUAUAUUAUGCAAACGUUUAUUAUUGUAUAUAUUGUACAUAAACCCACAUUUGUUUAGU